GGCUUCCCCAAUCCAGGGGACUCGGCGCCGGGACGCUGCUAUGGACGACAUUUUCACUCAGUGCCGGGAGGGCAACGCCGUCGCCGUUCGCCUGUGGCUGGACAACACGGAGAACGACCUCAACCAGGGGGACGAUCAUGGCUUCUCCCCCUUGCACUGGGCCUGCCGAGAGGGCCGCUCUGCUGUGGUUGAGAUGUUGAUCAUGCGGGGGGCACGGAUCAAUGUAAUGAACCGUGGGGAUGACACCCCCCUGCAUCUGGCAGCCAGUCAUGGACACCGUGAUAUUGUACAGAAGCUAUUGCAGUACAAGGCAGACAUCAAUGCAGUGAAUGAACAUGGGAAUGUGCCCCUGCACUAUGCCUGUUUUUGGGGCCAAGAUCAAGUGGCAGAGGACCUGGUGGCAAAUGGGGCCCUUGUCAGCAUCUGUAACAAGUAUGGAGAGAUGCCUGUGGACAAAGCCAAGGCACCCCUGAGAGAGCUUCUCCGAGAGCGGGCAGAGAAGAUGGGCCAGAAUCUCAACCGUAUUCCAUACAAGGACACAUUCUGGAAGGGGACCACCCGCACUCGGCCCCGAAAUGGAACCCUGAACAAACACUCUGGCAUUGACUUCAAACAGCUUAACUUCCUGACGAAGCUCAACGAGAAUCACUCCGGAGAGCUAUGGAAGGGCCGCUGGCAGGGCAAUGACAUUGUCGUGAAGGUGCUGAAGGUUCGAGACUGGAGUACAAGGAAGAGCAGGGACUUCAAUGAAGAGUGUCCCCGGCUCAGGAUUUUCUCGCAUCCAAAUGUGCUCCCAGUGCUAGGUGCCUGCCAGUCUCCACCUGCUCCUCAUCCUACUCUCAUCACACACUGGAUGCCAUAUGGAUCCCUCUACAAUGUACUACAUGAAGGCACCAAUUUCGUCGUGGACCAGAGCCAGGCUGUGAAGUUUGCUUUGGACAUGGCAAGGGGCAUGGCCUUCCUACACACACUAGAGCCCCUCAUCCCACGACAUGCACUCAAUAGCCGUAGUGUAAUGAUUGAUGAGGACAUGACUGCCCGAAUUAGCAUGGCUGAUGUCAAGUUCUCUUUCCAAUGUCCUGGUCGCAUGUAUGCACCUGCCUGGGUAGCCCCUGAAGCUCUGCAGAAGAAGCCUGAAGACACAAACAGACGCUCAGCAGACAUGUGGAGUUUUGCAGUGCUUCUGUGGGAACUGGUGACACGGGAGGUACCCUUUGCUGACCUCUCCAAUAUGGAGAUUGGAAUGAAGGUGGCAUUGGAAGGCCUUCGGCCUACCAUCCCACCAGGUAUUUCCCCUCAUGUGUGUAAGCUCAUGAAGAUCUGCAUGAAUGAAGACCCUGCAAAGCGACCCAAAUUUGACAUGAUUGUGCCUAUCCUUGAGAAGAUGCAGGACAAGUAGGACUGGAAGGUCCUUGCCUGAACUCCAGAGGUGUCGGGACAUGGUUGGGGGAAUGCACCUCCCCAAAGCAGCAGGCCUCUGGUUGCCUCCCCCGCCUCCAGUCAUGGUACUACCCCAGCCAUGGGGUCCAUCCCCUUCCCCCAUCCCUACCACUGUGGCCCCAAGAGGGGCGGGCUCAGAGCUUUGUCACUUGCCACAUGGUGUCUCCCAACAUGGGAGGGAUCAGCCCCGCCUGUCACAAUAAAGUUUAUUAUGAAAACA